AUGGUCGUAUUCAUUAACGUCGCAUGUGAAUGUCUUCUCAUUGCGAGUUGCCUAUUUUCCAUUCGCAAAAUCAUAAAUUCCGAUCCGAGAAACAUCUUCUCUACCCAUUACACACCAAAAAAUCCUCUCGCUUUCAUCAUUCUCUUUGCUUCGAUCGCCUUUGCUGCCUGCUUGGGAAUUAUUAAUUAUGCUUCUUUGAAUGCACAACUCUCUUCUUAUCAUCCCAUUGUUUCUAGAUAUGUCGCAUCUCUCAUUUUGCCUCUUCUUCUUCCAUUAGCUGUUAUUCAAUCGAUUGGAUAUGGACCAAUUCAAAUGACUGCUGCAUUGGGACAAGUGGUGAUAACAGCACUGAUCGCAUUUAUUGGAGUUGUGAUUUACAAUGAACAGUUCAACGGAAUCAGAAGUGGAUUAUUUUCAAUUCCACACGCUGUUGAAGAGUUAUUGGGUGUUGGAUCAGUUAUAUUUUGCUUGCUUUAUGCAGUGUAUGGAUAUUUGACAGCUGGCAGCAGCGCUUCAGCUGUUCGUUUCAAGUGUUUACAUAUGAUUUAUGCAGUGGUGGCCAUGAUUGUUGCUGACUCUGUAUUGAAGAAUCAAUUAUUGAGUGGAACUGAUGUUAGACCUUUCGAACGAGUGGAUUUGUUCCACAUUAUCUUUUCGUUGGCUAUGAUUUUCUUGGGUAAUGUGGCUGUUGGAAGUUUUUAA